GAUGGCGUCACUGCGCAGCGCCCCGCCCUCGGAGGGCAGUGCUGGCGGAUGUUGUGGACUUGGUCCCAGGACCGGUGCUUGGGCCCUGGCGACCGGCUCAGGGCGGCCGUCGCCGAGGGUUACUGGCCUUCUCUGUCCGGUGGUGGGCCUGUCUGUUCUGCGGCUGAGGCACCUUUCGCCGAGGUGCCGCUCGCCUGGUGUCCCAAACCAUGAAUUAUGUGGGGCAGUUGGCUGAGCAGGUGUUCGUUACGGUGAAGGAGCUUUACAAAGGACUGAAUCCAGCUACCUUGACAGGAUGUAUUGAUGUCAUAGUGGUCAGACAGCCGGAUGGCUCAUUCCAUUGUUCACCCUUUCAUGUUCGUUUUGGCAAGCUUGGUGUAUUGCGAUCAAAAGAGAAAGUGGUUGAUAUUGAAAUCAAUGGAGAACCAGUUGAGCUGCAGAUGAAACUCGGUCACAAUGGAGAGGCUUUUUUCGUGGAAGAAACAGAGAAAAAUGAGGGCAUUGUUCCCACACACUUAACAACGUCUCCAAUUCCUGUUGAAGGAGCUUAUUUUACAAAAGAAGCAAAUUUGUCCGAGAAUCAGAAUUUGCCGAGUCCAUUCACUGGGCCAGAAAUUGAUAACACAGUAACUAACACUUCAGCCAAAAAGAAAAGACGUCGCAGGAGGAAGCACAAACCAGAGAAUUCAAAGAAAGAUGAGCAGGAGUCCUCUUCGGAUGAGCAAGAUGUACCCGAGAUGGAUGUUAAUUCAGAAGAACAACUACGAUGUGCAGCUGCAAGUGAAAUGUGCCAUUUCUUUUCUGAUUUACCUGAUGAAGAUUCAAACACAUUCCAUUCUCGAGAAAUCUAUCCAUAUUCAGAUGGUGAAUGGUCUUCUCUUGAGAGUCAUUCCUAUGACCGAAUUUCAUCACCAAAAAGUGACUCUGAAUUGGUUGUAAAGUCACACGAAGGAUCUUUUUUAGGAACAGAGUCUCGGAUGCAAUGGGCAUGGGGAGGUUUUCCACAGGUGAGUAAAAUGGAAAAGUCUGAACAACCAAGGGUGGCCACCAUUACGCCUUCCGAGCAUACACAUUUCCGAGUCAUCAUGGACAACGGUGCAGCAGAAGUAACUACUUCUGAUUCCUCUGAAAUCAACAAUACCAUAACUGUUUACAAGCCACAGCCUCGGACGCAAAGAAGUCCUUUGGUUGAAACGUCGGUGGAACAAACAAUUCCAUCCACUGCAGGGCCAACUUUUUUAGAAGACGACUCAUGGCCAUUGGAACAAACAGAAGCUGUGGCAGAGACUUCUGUGAUGAAUUCUACGGACCAAAGAUCACUUUCAGAAGCUGAAACGUGUACGUCAGAAGAGAAGGGUGAAGUCUUUCAGUCAACUUUGCAGUCAGAAACUGAAAGCCCACCUUUAGAAAGCAGUAACUGUCCAUUGCAGCAGGCAGUGUGCUCUGAUGGCACUGCAAAAACAGAUGAAAUGGAUAAAAAGAAAGGUGGAUCUAAAAGAAGCCAACAUCUGGGUCCUUGUGAUAUCUAUUUGGAUGACCUACAAAAGCUGGAUCCUAAUAUUGCAGCCUUGUAUUUCCCUAAGAGUGAGCAGGAUUCAGGUUCUAAACUGUUGAAUGAACCUGGUACACAUUCCGAGUCCCAAUCUCCACAAUCAGUAGGAAGUGCAGCUGCAGAUAGUGGCACGGAAUAUCUGUCCGAUUCGGCUAGUGAGCUACCUGAUGUAACUCUCUCUCUCUGUGGCGGUCUCAGUGAUAACAAUGAGAUAUCCCAAGGGAAAUUUGUCCAACAUAUGGUCACAUACCAGGAUUUGGUGGAAAAUCCUGGAAUCAUUGAUGAUCCAAACCUCGUUAUUGGUAUCAAUAAAAAGUAUUACAACUGGGCUGUGGCGGCUCCCAUGAUUCUCUGCAUUCAAGCCUUUCAGAAAAACUUACCCAAGGCUACUAUCGAUAAAUUGGUAAAAGAAAAGAUGCCAAAAAAGACUGGUGGCUGGUGGUUCUCCUGGCGCAGAAAAAAUGCUGCAGUGAAAGAGCCAGAAUCCACUAUCAAAAAGGGUGAAGAUCAAAGUCAAACAGGAGAAGCUAAACAAUCUGGCUUACUGGAAGGUUGCAGGCGUAAGGAAGAACUAACAUCUAGUGAUGAUGACUUCAGUACCAUUAAGGACCGUCCAAAGCCAAUUUCUAAAUGUCGAGAUUCACCUUGUCUGAGCAGUACAGCUACAUACAAAAAAUCCUUAAGAUUGUCCACUGAAAAACUGCGUAGCCUGAAUCUGAAAGAUGGUCCAAAUAAUGCUGUGUUCAGUGUGACAACUCAGUAUCAGGGAACCUGUCGAUGUGAAGGUACCAUUUAUCUCUGGAACUGGGAUGAUAAGGUUAUAAUAUCUGAUAUUGAUGGGACAAUAACAAAGUCUGAUGCUUUGGGUCAUAUUUUGCCACAACUGGGAAAGGACUGGACUCACCAGGGGAUUGCAAAACUGUACCAUAAGAUACACCAGAAUGGCUACAAAUUUCUUUACUGCUCUGCCCGUGCAAUAGGAAUGGCAGAUAUAACUAGAGGAUACUUGCACUGGGUUAAUGACAGAGGUACUGUACUUCCCAGAGGACCCCUGCUACUGGCUCCCAGUAGUUUAAUUUCAGCAUUACACAGAGAAGUAAUCGAGAAGAAACCAGAACUGUUCAAAAUUCACUGCCUGAAUGACAUCAGGAAUCUGUUUAAUCCACAUAGAUCUCCAUUUUAUGCUGCUUUUGGAAACAGGACGAAUGAUGCCUAUGCCUAUAAAGAAGUCAAUGUGCAAGAAAGCAGAAUUUUCAUUGUAAAUCCCAAAGGAGAGCUAAUUCAGGAACAAACCAAGAGCAACAAAUCAUCGUAUUCACGGUUGGGCGAAUUAGUAGAACAUGUAUUUCCACUAAUAGCACAAGAAAGGAGCUCAGCUUUUCUUUACCCUGAAUACAGUCAUUUUGCAUUUUGGCGUGAACCACUUUUUGAACUUGAUCCGGAUGAGCUCAAUGAAUUUAAAACCACUAAAGAAUAGUGAAAAGACUUUUUAAGAAUUCUGAGUAAUUUGUAGGCAUAUUAGUACCUUUGAUUAUAUAUAUUAGAGCACAUUGUGAUCUGUACCUUCUGAUUUGAAGUCCAAUGAUCUGUAAGUUGAUCUGCACUUAAAAUGCUAGUUAUAAGUAUUAAUCUAAGUGAAUUCAAGUGGAGUUUCAAUAGACACCAUUUGUGAUAAGGCUCACACUACUAUUUCUCCAUCUAGCACUUUGCACAUAGACAAUUUUAGGAAAACUGAGAUACAAUUGAAGCCAGCAAAAACUACUUGCUGGUGUCUGGGAUCAGGUUAUUGGUAAGUGGCAGUUGAUUAGAGAUGCUCAGUUGACUUUGGAAGGCAUUUUCCUUGUGGUAUAGCACUUUUAACUCUGGAGAAUAGUUUUACUACAUUCCUUAGAGGAUAGAGGUGGCAGCAAUCUCUUUUAUUUCUUUAUUAAUAAAACUUGCCUCAUCAAUAUAGUAGAAAGUAGAUGCAUUUCUCAAGUAAAAUGCUUGUUAAUGGAUAUCUUGAAUUCUUGGCCUCUACCUGUGCAAUAGAAACUCCCUUUGAGAAGCUGCACUCAAAGAGAAUGCAUUUGUGGGUGGGAGUGAGAGGGGUUCAGUGAAAUAAGAUAUCAGAAGGACAAGAAUACACAGAGGAGGGUCUUUGUCUUAUUACUUUGUUGAAUGGAACCAAAUGUGGAGGAAGGUGCAGCAAGUAACUGGAGGUUUUGUCAAAGAAGGAAUGGGGACAGGUAACUAGAGGCCUGGCCACGGAGAUUAAGCUAGUGAAUUAAGCACUUGGAAGUCAUGCAAUAGAGCUUUGAGGGGGAGAGUCAUGAUUGUUAAUCACAGACUGGAAUCUGAAGGUAUUUUCUGGUUGCUGAAGUGUGGCACAGAGUAAAAGGUAAGAAAGCAAACUAGCAUCUGAUGAAACUGCAAAACAGUUCAACAUAGAAGAAGCUUUACCCUGCUUAAAUUUUUAACUUCUAUGAGGUCUCACAAGAAUUUGACUGCUCUCAUGUAACUCUCAUCCAGGAGGAUGGAAUAAUUGCAGGAAAUUUAAAACUCCACAGUCCGAUGGUGGACUUUUUUUUAAGUAAACAAAAAAAUCCUUUCUUUAAGAACUGUGACAAGGACAGUGGAACCCUAACACGUUGCAUGAAAGCUACCUGAGGAGAAGGCAAAUGUUACAUUUACUGUUCCAGUUUUACUGGUGAAAUCUGAGAACUUUUGCCAAUAUUUUAGAAAAUUUCAUAUAAGUUUCUGAUCAUAUCAGCUUUAUAAGAGAGAGUUACCAUUUAUAACAAAUUCAAAUUCAACCAGCUAUUUUUUUGGUUUGUUUCUGUCUUUUUUUUUAUUAAGUAAAAUAGUGCUGUUUUGAUUUCCUCACUUCCAUGACAAGCUUGACCUACUCAAACGCAAGCUAUUUAUUAGACUGUCAAGUUCUUGGAGUUUUAAUCUUAAGUUAAAAUUGUUCGUUAAAGUGGAAGCACAAUCUUUACUGGUAUGUAUCCUAUACAUUCAAUUAUUAUAUAUCAUCUAAAGGAAAUUUCUUGUUCCGGGGUGCAUUGACAUGAGUCUUAAUUACAAUGCCUGAAAAUCACUUCUGAAACAAACUGUAAUAUGGCAUGGAAAAGGUAGCAGAAUCAGAAGCAAUGGUGAAAGUAAAUACAGUUGAGCAAAGUGAGCCAUUAAAACCUUUUGUGUAAGGAGUUUUUAGUAAUUUAGAUUAAAAUAUUUAAUGACUAAGCUAAUUACUAGGAAGUGUAAAGCCAGUUUGUAGUUUAAACUAACAAGCAUAUAUUGCUGAACCUCAGACUAGUGAAUUUAAAUCCUUAAAGUGACUCGCCUUAGUUGAGGUAACUGCUUGAUAGAGCUGAGAGAUGGUGUGUCAUAUGCAACAGAAUCUUGAGAAAAAUGAAAUUCUCCUGUUUCUCUUGCUUCAAUCAUGACUUUUUUUGGCUUAGUUUACGGCCAGCGAUUCUUUUUCAAGUAUUAAGACGACAGAUCUGUCCUUAACAGAGAUGUAUGUGAUGUUAAGGCAACUGUAAGAAAAAAGGAGUAAAUUGUAGAAUUGCAUUGCAUUAUGGAAAAGGUUAUCACACAGCAUGUAUGAGAUUUUAAAGAUGGGGAUUGUUCCUUGUUCCUCCACUCAAUAUAAGUGCAUAUGUUGCUGGAUCCCAUUUUGAUCUGAAGGUAGCAAUUCUGUUGUUACCAUUCAACAAGCACUUAUUGGACAUUGAUAGAAAAAACAUCAUUUGAAAUGUUUGUACUUUCUGUGAAAGUUCAGAUAUUUUCAAAGAGUGACUUUUUUAAGCUUUUCUUUUCUAUUAUAGCAAUGCUGUAUGUGCUACCUGUGUAACAUGAACUUCGUUUUUGUAAGUCAGAAAUUGCCUAGUAGACGUUCACUUAAUGUAACACUCUCAUUCUGAGUCAGAAUCAAAGCACAGUGUAGCACAGAAAGCAAAAGCUUAUAAUUACAGUUCUAACUGGCCUAGAAAAAUUUGGUUUCUUGAACAGUUAUGCAAGCACUUUAUUAGACCAUCAAUAUCUUGGAGUUUUAAUUUGCAGCUACACAUUUGGUUAAAAUAGACACAAGCUUAAAUGGUAUGUAUCUUUUUGCAUUCAGUUUUUAUGUCAUCUGAAGGAAUUUUCUUGUUCCAAGGCGUAUUAAAGUAAGUCUUAAUUAUAAUGCCAGUAAAUCACUCCUGAAUCAAACUUGUAAUAUGGCAUGGAAAAGGUAGCAGAAUUUUCAAAUGUAUUUGAUUUACUACUUUGAAGUUACUGUAAUUUAUACAAUUGUUAAAGUGAACGUGUUUCAAAGAAUGCUGUUGCCUAUUUCUUAAGUAUUUCUUAAACAUAACUGGAAUAAAGAAGAAUGAACAAGUAUA